AUGGUGAAAUCUCUUAUCCCACAGGCAUAUUUUCCUUAUUCAUUCCACUUUAUGCCAACAUCUUAUCACAGUAGUGGAUAUUUAUGUAGAACAAAGAACACAACAAGAAUGCAAAACAUGAAACAUGACCUUUACCAAGCAAAAAUACCAUUCGUUGCAUUUAUUACGCAAUUUCUUGCAUAUAAAUAA